AUGGCUUUCCCACGUCCAGGCUCUAGCUACCAACCUUGCGACACCUUUUUCGUCGAAUCCGCUGACGACGUUCAUCACCGGAUUGAUCCAAAGGAGCAGGCCAAGCUCAUCGCUCGUGAGAGACAAUAUGCUAUUGCCGAUCAGCUUUCGACGUUGGCCAAGGAGGAGUAUCUAGAUGACUGCCUUUCUCAUAUGCUUGAAAUGGAUGGUUCUACCCUUCCUGACGUUGAAUCCAUUGACAUUCAAACCGAGAUCCAAUGGUUCAUGCGUCCCUACCUCCUUGACUUUCUCAUUGAGGCCCAUGCCGCCUUCCAGUUGCAACCUUCCACUCUGUUUCUGACAAUCAAUCUUCUCGACCGGUACUGCUCCAAGCGUGUCGUAUACAAGCGUCAUUACCAACUAGUUGGUUGCUCGGCUCUGCUUAUCGCCGCAAAAUACGGCGAUAAGAAGGAGCAUGUGCCUACUAUCAGGGAGCUCAAGUCCAUGUGCUGCUCACUUUAUGACGAAGACAUGUUCCUACAAAUGGAGUGGCACGUUCUGCAGACCCUCGGCUGGACCAUUGGGCACCCUACAGUGGAUAGCUUUCUCAACAUCGCUUUGGUAGACAAACCCUACGAUCCAGAAGUCGAGCAUCUCGCAUUGUACAUACUUGAGAUCUCGCUCUUCCAUCGAGAAUUUGUUUCCAGGCCUUCGGCUGAUCUUGCAAAGGCUGCCCUUGCUCUCUCACGAUGCAUCUUGAAUCGGCGUCAACCUCACCACACGGAGUGGGCUUCAGAAUACGACUCGGCCACGCUUGUGGGUCUAUCUCAACAGUUACAUCAACCAUCUCAGGUUCUGUAUCGCAAGUACUCCUCUGGCCACUAUUCAAGAAUCUCCAAGCUUCUAGAACAAUUCCUUGCUCAUCAAGCCGCCAUUGCCAGUGGAACUUAUGCUCCUCCGUCUCCUCCGACAGAGAUUCCUGUGGAGUCUAAGCCAUACGCGGGCGAGGUUGGCCUCGCUACGCCACAAAAGCCCUGCGGCAACCAGCCCCAUGGUUACCUUACUCCUCCCAUCACCCCGGAAAAUGAAGGCUUCAAUAAUGGCGUCCCCGGCCCGAAUGCCACCAAGACAGCCAGUAAUAUGUGCCCUGCAUCUCCCACUCCGCCGCCAACGAUCUCCUUCAGCGACACGCAGAUGUAUGAUGCAGAGUCGGUCUAUUCUCACUGUCAACAAUCCCCUCAGCCGUCCCACAUGGAUUUCACUGUUGCCUACUAG